UCUCUCUCUCUCUCUCUCUCUCUCUCUCUCUCUCUCUUUUCUUUCCCCACCGCUUUCCCCCUUCUUUCCAGGCCAUGCGCACCCCCAGCCGGAAUGAGGCAGGCCUGGAGCUGCUCAUGGAAUACUACAGCCAGCUGUACUUCCUGGACAACCGCUUCUUCCCUCCCAACAAGAACCUGGGGAUUUUCUUCCACUGGUCAGUUGGGCCUCUCCUGGUCUUGCCGAGCAGACAGGGAAGACCUGGCGGGGGUGGGGUGGGGGUGGCAAGCCUGGUCCGGCCCAGCCAAACCCCCCUGCAGCGAUUGCCUUGCGAACAGGGCCUCCGUGCUUAGAAACGUGACCCAAGCUCCUAGAAUCAUAAAAACUGUGCAGCUUGAAGGGACACCCAAAGGUCCUCUAUUCCAACCCCCCCCACCUGCAGUGCAGGAAUCGCAGCCAAAGAUUCCCUGGCGAGUGACCAUCCAACCUCUGCUUUAAAACAAAAAAGAAUAUUAAAGUUCAAGGCAAACGACGGGUGUUUGUCUGUAUAAUCAGCAUGCUUUAUUCUUCAGUACUGCUAGUAUUUCGUCCCGAAGCAGCAAGAUUCAGUUAUCUAAUGCCACAAGGCUGUCCAUCGGGAUUUUUUGGGAGGGUAAGAGCUGUUUGUACGGACUCCUUUGGGGGGUUGUGGGCUCUCCUUCCUUGGAGGUGUUUGAGUAGAGAUUGGAAGCCCCUCUGUCCUGGAUGCUUUAGCUGAGAUUCCUGCAUUGCAGGGGUUUGCAUUAGAUGACCCUCGGGGGGGCGGGGGGGACAUUCCAACCCUACAAUUCUGUGGUUCAAGUGUGAAAGCACAUCUGUAUUUUGGGAUAAUAGGUUUGUGCAGAUAUGGGGCCAGAGAAUCAAAAUGGAGAGGUGGAAACUGAACAUACCAAGGGCAGAAUUUCCUUAUAGUGGCCAGGUUGUUCUGAUGCUCGAUAUCUUUUAGACGUUGACCAGUUAGCCUGUUUGCUUUAGUAGGGCCCAUAGUGCGUAGGUGUUGUGGGGAUAGGCCACAAGAGUGAAGUUUUGGAUAGACGGUUUGAAGCCAGGCACUUUUAUGGAAGUCUUGAAGUACAGUGGUACCUCAUAUUAUGUCCGCUUCAUGUUACGUUCUUUCAGGUUACGUCCCGCAGAGACCCGGAAGUACCAGAAAGGGUUACUUCCUGGUUUCGCCACUUGCACACGCGCAACCCGUGAACACGCAGAUGCAGGUUGCGUUCUGCUCAGGUUGUGAACGGGCCUCCAAAACGGAUCCCGUUCACAACCAGAGGUACCACUGUACUAGGGAUUUAAGUUUAGGUGGAACCAGAAGUUAAGAGUUCUUUGCCAAGUCCAUACUUCUACUGAAGAUCCCGCCUGAGAAACGCCUUUGCCCCUGGGGAGACGGUAGCACCGAAACAGCAGCCCACAUCCUCCUGUCUUGUACUCUCAACAAAGACCUGAGGAACGAGAUCCUCACCCCACUCGUACUAACCAUCCCAGGGCGCUCAACCACUGCCACAAUGUCCUAUCUUCUAUCAGAUCAAAAUGAGCAGAAAACAGAAAAUGUUGCUAGGUUCAUAGCAGGGGCAAUCAGAGUAAGGGCCACUUACUGAUGGCUAUGGUUGAAGCACUUGCUAGAAUUUCAGGUGGAUUAAAGCAUUCUGGCCCCCCAGUAGAACACAGGGCUUUUUUUUAACCAGAACUCAGUUCCAGCAGCUCUCAGGUGGGCGCCAUUGCCAUUACAGUUGUACUUUGGAUCCCAAACUCCUUGGUCCUCUGAUGUUUUGGCUCCCGAAUGCCGCAAACCCGGAAGUGAGUGUUCCAGUUUGCGAACGUUCUUUGGAACCCGAACGUCUGACAGGGCUUCCGCGGCUUCUGAUUGGCUGCAGGAGCUUCCUGCAGCCAAUUAGAAGCCAUGCUUUAGUUUGUGAACGUUUUGGAAGUCAAACGGACUUCCAGAACGGAUUCUGUUCGACUUCCAAGUUACAACUGUGUAAGAGAACAGGGGAGGCGUUCAUGGUGAGCUCCGGCACCUCUUUUUCUCAAAAAACAGCACUGAUUCAGCAAAUACACACACACACACACACACAAUUUGUGUGUUUGUGUGGUUAGGAAGGUUACUGGGGAAAGCAACGAACCGUGUUAGAAUGGGAGCGGAGGCACUAGCAAAUCAGGAUGGAUAAACACUGCAUAGCCAAAUCAUAACAAAUGUGUAAUAAAGGCAGGAUGUAGUCUGACAGUUGCAUAAUCAUUGUGCAAGCAAAUCAGGAUGAAUGCGGAAUAAAGUGUCGCAUCUCUUUUCUUCCAGUCCCACCCAACAUUUUUGCUGGGGGGGGGGCUGUGGCCUUCCAGAGGUGGCUGGACUCCACCUCCCAUCAACCCCUGCUACCAGAAUGGCCCAACGUUCAGGGACGAUGGGAGUUGUAGUCCAGCAACACCCGGAGACUCCCAGGUUGCUACUCCUGCCCAAACCUCUCCAGUCUCACAGAGUUCCUCGUCUCCCUGCUUCUAGGUAUGACUCCUUAACGGGCGUGCCUUCCCACCAGCGGGCUUUGGCCUUCGAAAAAGGGAGCGUGCUUUUCAACAUCGGCGCCUUGCACACCCAGAUCGGUGCUCGGCAGGACCGUACCACCUUGCAAGGCGUGGACUGCGCCAUUGAGGCUUUCCAGAAGGCGUCUGGUACGUCAGAUUCUCUGCCACCCCCCUUCCACUUCAAAUACAUAUACUGUUUUAUCAAUGAAUAAACGUUAAAUGGUUGCAUACUUGCCGUAAGUGAAAAUUACAGGAGUGCCCUUAUUUCGGCUUUAGACAGAUCAAAUACUUGGAUAGCAUCUCCAAAGAUCUGUUUGGGUGGCGAGCAAUGGGAAAUCUCUUCCAGAAAUAAACGAAUGCCAUACUAUGUCGAAAUGUGUCUUUUUUGAAAGUUGCUCAUACAACCCUUCUGUGGUAGCUAAGUCUUUCUCACAAGGCCACAUGCCACCUAGCAUUAAACCAUAGAUCUGUGGAUUUUUCUGCCCGUUUUCCCCCACUGCUGGGCUAUCGCUAUUUGUGGCACAAUCAGAAAGAAAACCUAUUAAGUCUUUAUGACCCUUGACACAAAUUGAGCUGAGGUCCGGUGGUCAAACUUUCUUUUCUUUUUGGGGGGAAUAGUGGAGGUUAACAUUUGCCGAUAGUGGAAGUAAGUAUUACAAUGCAUCAGGUAUCCUGUUGUCUCUGAAAGUCUUUGUAGACUAUGCAAGUCUCUGAAAGAAGCAAUGGGUCAGAUUCUUAUCUGGUGAAAACAGUCUGUAAAGCUUUGUUUAUGGCGUCCAACGCUGCGGACGUAGUCUGCAAACAGAUGUAGUGAAUAUUCACUCAGAGAUUUGCAUAGUCUACAAAGACUGUCAGAGACUUAUAAGACUUUCAUUUGGUUCUAUGUUUUCAAGAGAAUCCAUCAAGAGUGCAUAUUUUGUGACUUCCAGAGACUUUCUGUUUAUUUGGUUUUGCAGAGUGCGCAUUUCAUAUAUUUCAUACUGUUCAGUGCUCUGUAUAGAUUAUAUAAAGAGUUUAUAUUGAGAUUGCAUUGUUGUACUUGGUCAUCGUGUUGCCUUGGAUAUUACUGAUACAGUGGUGCCUCGCAAGACAAAAAGAAUCCGUUCCGCGAGUCUCUUCGUCUUGCGGUUUUUUCGUCUUCCGAAGCAAGCCCAUUAGCGGUUUAGCAGAUUAGCGCUAUUAGCGGCUUAGCGAUCAGCUGUUAAGCGGCUUAGCGGCUUAGCGGAUCAGCUGAUAAGCGGCUUAGUGGUUUAACGGAUCAGCUGUUAAGCGGCUUAGCGGAUCAGCUGAUAAGCGGCUUAGCGAUCAGCUGUUAAGCGGCUUAGCGGAUCAGCUGAUAAGCGGCUUAGCGGCUUGGGAAAGGGGGGGAGGAGAAAAACCCCGCAGGAACUCGCAAGACAUUUUCGUCUUGCGAAGCAAGCCCAUAGGAAAUUCGUUUUGCGAAGCACCUCCAAAACGGAAAACCCUUUCGUCUAGCGGGUUUUCCGUCUUGCGAGGCAUUCGUCUUGCGGGGCACCACUGUAUAUUGUUUGCAACGCAGGAGUUUAAUUGCUUGGUUACUUAUGGUUCUAAGUGGGGCAGCCCCAUCUCACUUCGGGGAUGUUGCUCUUUCUCCCCCCCCCCUUGCAGGUGCCUUCAACUACCUGAAGGAGAACUUCUCCAACGCCCCCAGUCUGGACAUGAGCGCAGCCUCUCUGAACAUGCUGGUGCGCCUGAUGAUCGCCCAAGUGCAGGAGUGCGUCUUCGAGAAGGUCAUUCUGCUCGGAGCCCAGAGCGACUUCCUCGCCUGCCUGCAGCUCGCCCAGGAAGCCGCCAGGGUACAGAAUCCGUGCGCGUGCCUCUCGCGGGAAGCUGGCUCUACAAAGGGCACAACAAGUGGGCUGGAAUCUAGGCCAGUUUGCGGGGGGGGGACGACCGGGGAUUUCCGUUUCCUUUUUUUAAAUUUUUUUUAAUGAUAUUUAUUCCAAGUUUAAAAUUGCAAAAAAGAAAAAAGAACAAUACAAAAUACAAAGAGAAAUUUAACCAUAACAAAGCGAAAAAUAACAAGAAAAAGAAUGAACAAUAAAAUAGAGUAAAAAAGAAGACGAAACAAAAAAUAUAAAAAUGCAUUGAGUUAAAAUAGAACAAAAACAAAUUAAACCUUUACAUAACCUUUUCCCUUUACUUAUUUCCAUGACCUCCUCUCACCUCCCAAUUUUGUAUUCUAGUUCAGAUCGUAUUUCCAGCAAAUCCUUCUAACCUUAUUUUCAUUUGCGUAUUUUAAUUUAAAAUAAUGUAGUUAAACAUCCUCUGUUUCAUCAAUUUCAUCAACUCAUUUUUACUUAAUCCUUUAUAUCAUAUCUACCAAAACGACCUAAUUUUCUUUUUUCCUCAUCUUCCUAGGGGGAUUUCCGUUUCCAGCAUUUGGGGGACUGAAAAGCUCUUUCCAUGCUAGGUUUGCCUGGGGCACUUAGUGUGGAGAGAGCAUUUAAGCUCUCCACCUUGCACAUGGGCUCUGGGACUGCUGAGCAUGCUCUUGAUCUGCAAACACAGAGCAGUUCCAGGGGUUUGGAGAUGCAUGUUUUUGUUCAUGUAUAGAACCUUUUAAACUAAACCCCUGCUUUGAGAUAGUACUUCUUCUUUUCUUUUCUUUUCUUUUCUCGGCUAAGACUUGUUUGUUUCAGAAGCUGGUACAAGCAGAAAUGGCAAAAGCGGAUGGAAAAUAAAGUUACUGAAUUGCUGUGCCACAAUACUUAAAAAUAACAGAUGAGUACUACGGAAACAAAGGGACGCGGGCGGCGCUGUGGGUUAAACCACUGAGCCUAGGACUUGCUGAUCAGAAGGUUGGCGGUUCGAAUCUCUGUGACGGGGUGAGCUCCCAUUGCUCGGUCCCUGCUCCUGCCAACCUAGCAGUUCGAAAGCACGUCAAAGUGCAAGUAGAUCAAUAGGUACCGCUCCGGUGGGAAGGUAAACGGCGUUUCCGUGCGCUGCUCUGGUUCGCCAGAAGCGGCUUAGUCAUGCUGGCCACAUGACCCGGAAGCUGUACGCCGGCUCCCUCGGCCAAUAAAGCGAGAUGAGCGCCGCAACCCCAGAGUCAGUCACAACUGGACCUAAUGGUCCGGGGUCCCUUUACCUUUUUACUACGGUAACAAAGAGGUCCAGCAAUUUCCAAAAUAACUUCUGUUCCGUCUGAUGAAUGAAUUCACAUACACCUGCUUUCCUAGCUUUAAAAUACAUUCUUUUCAGAAGUGUGGCUCUUGAAUUAGACAUCUUUUAGAAAUCAUUGUUCUGUAAAGGAGGCCACACGUAAAUAUCAAAAGAAACUGCCAGUUGACAGGUAACAUUUUGAGCCCGGAAGAGAGUGAUGUGGGUUUCAAAGUUAAAACUGUGUCCCAGUUAGAUAGUACUUCCUGAAACUGCCUCACUGGUGACUUUCCUUUCGGAGUGAAAGGCCGCCCAGAAAAAAAAAAGUUUGAUAAAUGCAUCCGUUAAGCAUUGCAAGCUGCAACUGCAACAGAGUGUUGCAGCGUGGGUUGGUUCCUGUUCAGAGUUCUAGCCAGCCAGUCGCACACCCCUCAACCCUUCCAGGAUGUUCCGAUCCGUGCCCAGAAAGUUCGGCUUGGAUUCUGUGUUUGGAAGGCAAAACUAGCAUCGUAUGAGCUGUGACAGGGUUAGGAUCUGAUUCACGGAGCACAGAAGUGACUCAGCAUCUUCCCAGACUGGUUCUGGCCUCCACAGCAGCCUUUGGAGAGGUCAGGGACUUUUGUGGCUAGGAAAGUUGGGGAAGACAUACCCUGCAAGCAAAUUACGGUGAACUGUCAUUGUGGUAAAUCAAAUCAAAUAUCUAUUAGGCAUAGCAAACCACACAUUAUCAAACAGACACCGUAUACAAGUUGUGCAAAAUACGAGCUCAACAUAACAAGGUUUGUCCCAGUCAGAUCUACAACUCCAGAGAAAAUCAGUUUGCAGAAAUAAUACAAUACAACAUUACCACAUCACCAAUCAAUUAAGAACCACUAAAUCUCUUUAUAAUGGUCCUUUCUUUCUACAUGGACAACACUCAAAAAUUCAGCCACUAUUAAAGUAAUUUAAUUAUUCCUGUCCGAAAGCAGGUCCUGUACCGUUGGUGGCAUAGAAUUGAGCCUAUUGUAAGGCCUCUAAUAAUGGCAUAAAUGCCAAAAUCACAAGAAAAGAAAAUAUGCUCCAAAGUAUCAGGUUCCUAUUUACUACAUUUACAGAGACGCUCUGAUUCUGGGAGAGCUAAAUAUCUUCCUCUUACUAUCAUUGAGGGAAAAAUAUUAAAUCUGGCUAACAUAAACAGCCUGCACAAUUCAUGAUUCUUCAGAUUUGUCAUGUAUCCCUUUUGAAAAUCUCUACACAAAGGGAGAUUUAAAUAGAGAGGAGAGCAAGUGCUGUGUUUUGCAACUUCAAGAGUGGAGAGAACACUUUUUUCUGUAAGAUUCUUCCUGAUGAUUUCCCAAAUAUCUUAGGGGUCAGAAUUUUCAAAGUCAGUUAGAUUAAGCCCUAUCAAGUUCAGUUUUCUCCUACAAAUCAAUGAUAAAUUGCAAAUUACAUUAUCACUUAAGAGGUCGUAAAGGAGAGAAUCGUCAUUGUGGUAUAUAUCUCAUCAAACAAAUUACAGCGGGUGCUCCUUGUCGUAUAUUCUCUCGCCAACAAACUAUGAUGGGCACUCAUUGAUGUGUAACCUCCGUGCAGGCAAAUUGCAACAGAGAGACAUGGCCAAAUGACUGCUAACAAAUCGCAAUUGCUGCUCAUCGCUGCAUAACCUCCCUGCAGACAUAUGACGGCGGGCGCUUGUUCUCGCAGAACCUGCCUGCAAACAAAUUUCGAUGGGUGCCUGUCAGGGUGGAUUUGAUUUAAAUCAAAUCUAUUUAAAUCACGAUUUAAAUCUUCUUCUUUUUUACAUAAAGACUCAUUCUUGCUGGUAAAAUCUUAAUAUUUAGAACCAGAUGAAGGUUUCAUUUUUGGAAUAAUAAAUUUUCAGAGUAGUUUUUACAGUUAUAUAAAAAAUUACUGGUAUCGUUAUACUAUAAGAAAUACAUAGGCAGAUAAUUAUGAAAUUAUUGUGAGAUUUAAAGUUGACUGUUUAUAUUUGGACAGCUUUUCUGCUGUGCUUUAUUGGAAAGAGGAAAAAUAUCAAUUUCCUUAAUAACAAUUUAAACUAAAACAAUAACAUUAUAGCAUAUGUAUCCAUGUUUGUUAACUGAUGUGGUAAACAAUUAAAAAAAAAAACUUAGGCUGAGUUUUGGCACACAUGAAAAACUUAAAGCAAAUCCUUAUUUCCUGAUGAAUAGCUUUUGGACUAUUAUAGAACUUAAAUAGAAAACUAUCUUUAGAAAGGUUUUUACUCCAAAAGCAUUUUAUUUUAAAAAUCCAGUUUAAAAUUUAAAAAAUCUGAUUUAAAUAAAAUAAAAAAAAUCCUUGAUUUUCAUCCACCCUGGUGCUUGUGGUCGUGUCGAUCUCCCUGCAGUCGAAUGAUGGCAGACUCUCUGUAUACAGCCUCUGUGUUGUGCAUGCGAAUCGGGACGGAUGCUCGCUAAACAGCUGGAGUUUCCCCUCGUGGCUACCUGCCAUUGGGUGGGUGAGUGUGAAAUAAUCUUUGCCAUGCCUGUGUUACCACCUUGUACCUGUCCUUGGCAUUUGCAGGUGGAAGAGGUCUACUCCUUGGUGUAUCAGACAAUGACCCAGCCCCACGUGAAGGAUUACGUCCCGUUUUCGUGGACCACGAUGGUGCACGUCAAAUCUGAGCACUUCAAGGCUCUCUCUCACUGCUACGCUGCCAUGGCUCUUUGCGACUGCCCCCGUAAGUAUCUGCUUUGGCUCUUCCGUGCCCCCGCCCUCAAUCUCUCCCUCUGCCCCCAAGCACAAUUAAUAAUAAUAAUAAUAAAAUUUUAUUUAUAUCCUGCCCUCCCCAGCCAAAGCCGGGCUCAGAGUGGCUAGCAACAGUAAAAUAAUACAACAUUCUAAAAUCAUUUCAUUAUAAAUUCAGUUCAAAUCAGAUUAAUGGCAACCAUUGGGCUAGAGUUCUGUGAGGAUUAUCAAAGGAGGAGGUCAGAUUGUGCCUUGGCCAAAGGCCUGGUGGAACAGCUCUGUCUUGCAGGCCCUGCGGAAAGAUGUCAAGUCCUGCAGGGUCCUAGUCUCUUGGGACAGAGCGUUCCACCACAUCGGGGCCAUGGCCAAAAAAGGCCCUGGCUCUGGUUGAGGUUAGCCUAACCUCCCUGUGGCCCGGGACCUCCAAGAUGUUUUUGUUUGAAGACCGUAAGGUCCUCCGUGGGGCAUACCAGGAGAGGCGGUCCCGUAGGUAUGAGGGUCCUAGGCCGUAUAGGGCUCUGAAGGUUAAAACCAGCACCUUGAAUCUGAUCCUGUACUCCACCAGGAGCCAGUGCAGCUGGUAUAGCACCCGGUGAAUGUGAUCCCAUGGUGAGGACCCCAUAAGGAGUCUCGCCACCGCAUUCUGCACCCGCUGGAGUUUCUGGGUCAGUCUCAAGGGCAGCCCCACGUAGAGUGGGCAUCCUCUAACCUGGGUGCUUUUCUGAGUAGAUCUGGCCUAGAUUUUGAAUCGGACCAGUCUGCAGCUGAUUUGGAUCUGAAAUCAGUGUGGUCUUGGCUUCACUGCUUCUCCCCCAUUUUGUGCAUCUCUGGAGUAAAACGGCCUCUGACUGGCUCGGCAGCCUGUCAGCAAACUCCUUGCCAGGCUGAGCCCCAAGCCAGGCUGCCACGUGCCACCUCUGAUGCCAGACCAUAAUGGGCUUAGGGCAGCGGCGGCUGAUUCCAAGGUGUUGUUUUCAGAGGAGGGAGGAAGAUGCUUAGCUGAGCUUCCUUAGCGGUUCACUGUCUCCUCCUGACGCUUUGAGCGGCCCUAAUCCCAAAGUUCAUUCCUAACGUAAGCAGAUUAGCCGUGGCUUUGGCCGGCGAAUGAUAAUAAAUGCAGAGGAGAUUACAUCUUCAGGGCGAUAGUCGGUCUGUUUCACGUCUCACAAGGAUUUGGGUCAUGUGGUCUCUGCCACGCUCAGGACUAGAGACUUGUCAAGUGGCGAUUGCCCGGAGAAUUGGGCAGUGUUUAGAAACCAGCUGGGUUUUGAGUAGUCUGGCAUGUCUUGCCUUGCGGCUUGCUGCUUUUCUUCAUCUUUUUGGAAAAUAGCAAAUUGAACAAGGGAGGAAAAACAGAGAAAAAGUGUGAGGGGGAGGGAAACAACGAAAACCUCCGUCAGCUCGAGUUAAGCAAGCAGUACAGCACAGCCAUCUUAAAUUAAACCUAUAAGUCAGUGUAAGUCAUCCAUGGCUGGCAUUCAACUAAGUUUCAUUCAAAGUAGACCCAUUGAAAUUAAUGGACCUAUCUCUGCCACGCUCAUUCAUUUAAAUGAGCCUAGUCUGAGUAAAAAGGGACGUGGGUGGUGCUGUGGGUUAAACCACAGAGCCUAGGGCUUGCCGAUUGGAAGGUCGGCGGUUCGAAUCCCCGCGAUGGGGUCCCUUCCAAUGCUACGCUUCUGUGAUUCCUCCCAAGUAAGCCUUUUCCUUUUUCAAAAAAAAUAAUUUUAAUUGAAUGAUUUUAUGUUACAGAAAACAUUACAACCAUACUACCACAAAAUAUAAUUGAGAAAUAAAAAUUACAUACAUCAAUAUUUUGUUUGUUAUUUGUUAUUUACCGUCUUAUUUCCAAACAUUCCAUACAAAACACACACCCGCAAACACAAAAAUUAUAAUGAUAAUGAAAACGAUAAUGAUAAUAAUGAAAAUAAAUAUUUUCCGCCUUUUAUCUUACAGAAACUUUUCUUCAGUUUUGACUUCCUGUCAAGUCCCUUCGCAUAUGUUUUAUCUUACAAUUGAAUGUACACAAAACAAUAAACCUUUCUAUAUAGAUUUUCCAAUACAUUCAGAAAAUAUAACAAAUCCUUAAUUAUUGUCCACCUCCUUUUAUUCCUUUGUCACUCGAAUGCUAGCACGGAGUCAAAACUAUUAUUGUAUUUUUGAAUGUAUCUUCUAUAACCAUCCCAAUUUUCCGCAAAUUUUUGCUUUGAGUUUCCUCUGAGUUUGCUGGUCAAUUGAGCGAUCUCCACAAAUUCCUGUAAUUUAAUUUGCCAAUCUAUUAUUUUUGGAGCCUCCUGAUCUUUCCACCGCUUGCCAAGUCAGCCUUUUCCUGGUCUGUUUCCUGCAGCUGCGUCUGACGCGGAUCUCCCGGAGCACGAGAAAGCUUUCCUCCAGUUCCACGUCACGCCGCCACAGGGCCCAGACGUCCGGCUGCUCUUGCAGGACCAAGAAGAGCGAAGGAAGCUGGGUAAGCCCCUCUCCCUCCCCUGGCUGAUACUGGCUUAGAGCAUCCUUGGCCAACCUGGUGUCACGUGACAAAGACACAUGAGAGCCAAAGCAGCAAAGCAGGCUGGGAAGUGCUGGGACUGCACAAUCAUUUGGUCCUACUAUAGUUAUUCAGGCCUAACUGCUAUCUGUUGAGUCGCUCUGACAUGUGACUUAGCAGCCAUUUUCUCUCUGUAAGAUUUCAGUCAGAGUCCGUCUGCCUCAGUUGUGAGCAGAGUCAGUAUGGAAUCUCAGUCAAACUGUUUGGAACCAUGUUGUUUAUGAAGAUGUUUAUUUUAACUCAGUAAAGCUCUUACUCUUUCACUGAAAAACUCUGUGUUAUUCAUUUACGCUGGCACGUCAGGUUAUGGGCCCAGGGUGGCUUCCAGAUGUUUUGCAGUGCUGUUCCGAUCAGCCUGAGCUGGCCUUUGGCCUGACGCAGCCGCAGAGUUCUCCUUGCCGUUGCACAUAGUUACUGUAUUUUUCGCUCCACAAGACGCACCUAGAUUUUAGAGGGGGAAAGCAAGAAAAAGAAAUUCUGCGCAGAGCAUGUAAAGCAAGAAAAGAGAGAGCCGCUUACAUGGUUUCUGUCUCACUUUGCGCAGCUCUCACUUUGCUUGCCCAUUCCUCCUCCCGCUUUGCUGUAAAAGAGACACCAGGACAGGUGCUUUGCUUGCUUUACAGCGAGGCGGGCUCCCAUCCGUCCCUCCUCCCGCUUCGCUAUGAAGCCAGCAGAGCAAAAGCCGCUGCGUAGCUAUCGCUGAAGCCAGCAGAGCAAGAGCGAUAGCUGCACAGCGCCUCUUGCUCUGCUGGUUUCAGAGCGAGCAAUGGACGGGAGCCAUGGCUCCGGCUGCGGAGGCAUCCCUCAGCUCGCAACUGCAGCGGUAGCUGACGGAUCCCUCUGCCGUCCAGUGCAUUCGCUCCAUAAGACGCACAGACAUUUCGCCUUAUAGAAUCAUAGAAUCAUAGAGUUGGAAGAGACCCCAAGGGCCAUCGAGUCCAACCCCCUGCCAAGCAGGAAACACCAUCAGAGCACUCCUGACAUAUGGUUGUCAAGCCUCUGCUUAAAGACCUCCAAAGAAGGAGACUCCACCACACUCCUUGGCAGCAAAUUCCACUGUCGAACAGCUCUUACUGUCAGGAAGUUCUUCCUAAUGUUUAGGUGGAAUCUUCUUUCUUGUAGUUUGGAUCCAUUGCUGCGUGUCCGCUUCUCUGGAGCAGCAGAAAACAACCUUUCUCCCUCCUCUAUGUGACAUCCUUUUAUAUAUUUGAACAUGGCUAUCAUAUCAGCCCUUAACCUCCUCUUCUCCAGGCUAAACAUGCCCAGCUCCCUUAGCCGUUCCUCAUAAGGCAUCGUUUCCAGGCCUUUGACCAUUUUGGUUGCCCUCCUCUGGACACGUUCCAGUUUGUCAGUGUCCUUCUUGAACUGUGGUGGACCUUACUUUUUAGGAGGAAAAAAGUGCGUCUUAUAGAGCAAAAAAUACAGUAUAUAUUUGUUGGGUGUGUUUGUAGGCAAGGCUCACCUCAGGAAGGCCAUCAUGAGGCACGAGGAAGCCAUGAGGAUCCACAGCCUGUGCAAGAUCUUGAGGAAGAUGGACAUCCUCCAGGAGGUCCUCUGCUUCGCCCACAAGCGCUCGCUCGGCAAGUACUCGGAGAUCGACCACGAGGAAGACUUCUUCGAGACGGCGGACGCCCCCGACAUCCACCGUAAGUGAGCAAGAUUAGGCACAAAUGCACAAAGCAUUUUUUAAAAAAAUCCAGACUCCUUGUGAUUAAUAAUAAUACUAAUAAUUAAAUUUUCAGAUUUACCAACAGUCAUCAAGUAAACAAAUAAAACAAUUUCCAUAAGUUUCCUUACGUUAACUUUUUCUCCUGCAUCUUCUCUGUUUGUCCAAUUUUAUUAAAUCUCCAAAAAAAAACCCACAACUUUUAACUACGAGCGUCAUUCCAAUCCUACUAUUAAUUGUAAUUGUUUACAAUGAUUUUUCUCAGGUAAAUGAUAUAUUUUCCCCAUUCCUUAUUGAAAUUUUGGUCUUCCUGAUCAAGACCCCUUGUGGUUAUGAAUGACCUGCCCUUCACCCCAAAGUCCCAAGGCAAGGUUAUUACAGCAUCAACACACAAUGUUUUAAAAAUGCUUUAAAACAGCCUGCUGCGUUACAGGAAAGGCGGGAAUCUGUGACUCCCUGUCUUCUGAGCAGAGGGGGAAUUCUAGGGAGCUUCCCUUCUGGACUCGGAGAUUUUGCCAUGGGUCAUCAAAAGAGAUCUCUUAGCAGGCUUAAGGACUUAGAAACAUGCCCAAGGAAAGGAAGAGACAGCUGAAGGGAUGCUGGAUUCUGUGUGUCCAGAGUAAAACGCUGGGUUUCUGCGGAAUACAUGCUUUUCCUCGAAUUAUAUCUACUUGCAGUCCUUAGGGAUCCAGCUCCAGAAGCGAUACGUACUGAUAUAUUUGUGCAGUGGUUUAAAAGUAGGCUUAUCCCAACCUGGUACGUUCUAGAUGUUUUGGACUACAAGUCCCAUCAGCCACAGCCAACACACGCUGAUGGGAGUUGUAGUCCCAAAAAUUCUGGUUGACAAAGGCUGGUUCAAAGCACCACUUCCUGUGCCCCUCCUCUCUCUCAGCCUUGUUUUUCUCCCUCCCUCCCCCUCUCUCUCUCUCUCUUUUAGCAAAAACUCACCAGAGGCCGGAAAUCAAAUCUCCCAACUUUUCCAAGGUGAAAGUCACAGACAUCUUCCAUCGGCUGGUACGUACCACAGGGCCUGGAUGAGGCUAGGUUUUGAAGUGAGCGGCAAUGGUAGAGUAGAGUGGAUCCAUUGCCAACAGAUCCCAGAGGUCCGCCCUCCUGUCUUCCCCAUUUUGUCCCUCCCUUGUAAUGCUAUAGCACUCCAUGUCACGCAGUGAAACGGGACAGCGUUAUGCGUGGGGCGGCCUCUGAAGACGGUUCAGAAACUUCUGCUGGUGCAGAAUUCGGCAGCUCACCUGACAGCAAGAUGGUUUGAGCAUAUUACACCGAUCCUGGUCCAACUGUGCUGGCUAUCAAUUAGUUUCCAGACCCAAGUGCUGGUUUUGACCAGCUCAGGACCGCAAGACCCCCAAGGGCUGCCUAUCCAAAUAUGAACUGCCCCGGACCCUGAGAUCAUCAUCUCAGACCCUUCUCCCUGCGCCCCCUCCAUGAGAGGUCCGGAGGGUGGCAGUGUGAGAACGGGCCUUUUUGGUGGUGGCUCCACGUUUGCGGAAUGCAGUGGACACUCGGGUUGCGAACGUGGCCCAUGCAGGAGGCACGUUCACAACCCCCUUGUCUGUGCACGCACGGGUCGCAAUUCGGCACUUCUGCUCAUGCGCAAAGCGCAAUUUAGCGCUUCUGCGCAUGUGCAAGCACUGAAACCCGGAAGUAACCCAUUCUGGUACUUUCGGGACCAGUGCAGUGCGCAACUGGAAGUGUCUGCAACCCGAGGUAUGACUGUAGUAAUAAUAAUAAUAAUAAUAAUAAUAAUAAUAAUAAUAAUAAAUAAUAAUGGGCUUUGGGGGUUAUUGUUUUGUUUAUGAUUAUGUUAUAUAUUUUUGUGUUUUUAUGCUGUAAAUUUUCCUGUUAUGCUUGAAUGAGGAGCAGCACAUAAAUUUAACAAAGACUAAGAACAACACCCAAACUUCUUUGCAGUCCCACAUAGAGCAGAUUGCAGUAGUCCGGUCUGAAAUUCAGAGCACACUCAUCUGCAUGGCGAGGGAUUUGUCCCUACCAAAAGGACGAUCCCACGAGCCACUGCCAUGCAGCAGAGGUGGUACAUCUCCGAGUGUCGGUUUCUGGGAGCCCCGAGUGGGGAGAAUGUUUUCAGGCUCCCCACAGAGGCAUCUCUCUGGCCCCCCUGGGAACUGGAUGCUAAUUCUCUGCUCCAUGGGGGCUGCUCUGAAGUUCUUGGCGCCAGGAAGGCGCAUGCAUUUCGGGGAUGCGAAAUGCGCCCCCAGCCCUGGAAGUCUCUCUCCUGCAGUACUCCCAGUACGUUUCCGAGCCCAAUUCAAAGUGUUGGUGCUGAUCUUGAGGAUCAUCUCCACCCCCAUCGUUCUGCCCGGACACUGAGGUCCAGCUCCAAGGGCCUUCUGGCGAUUCCCUCACUGCGAGAAGCGAAGUUACAGGGAACCAGGCACAGGGCCUUCUCGGUAGUGGCACCCACCCUGUGGAACACCCUGCCACCAGAUGUCAGAGAGAGAAACAACUACCAGACUUUUAGAAGACAUCUGAAGGCAGCUCUCUUUAGGGAAGCUUUUAAUGUUUAACAGACUACUGUAUUUUAAUAAUUUGUUGGAAGCUGCCCAGAGUGGUUGGGGAAACCCAGCCAGAUGGGCAGGGUAUAAAUAUAUUAUUAUUAUUAUUAUUAUUAUUAUUAUUAUUAUUCCAUCUGCCUCCCGCAGGGCCCACUGUCGGUUUUCUCUGCCAAGAACAAGUGGCUUCCCCCGAGGACGGUGCGCCUGGUGCGAGGCGAGAAUGGCUUUGGGUUCACCCUCCGAGGGGAUUCCCCGGUGCUCAUCGCUGGAGUCAUCGCUGGAGGCUGUGCGGCAGUAAGUGGCUGGUCUUGGCAGUUUGGAACGUGGGGUGCCUUGCUCACCGUGUGGGAAGCUGCCCUAUGCAGUGGAACCUUAGUUGCCGAACAUAAUCCGUUCCGGAAGACUGUUUGACUUCUGAAACGUUUGACAACCGAGGCGCAAAGGGCUUUCGGCAGUUUCAAUGGUGAAAAUUGAGAAAUAAUAAUAAUAAUAAUAAUAAUUUAUUAUUUAUACCCCGCCCAUCUGGCUGAGUUUCCCCAGCCACUCUGGGCAGCUCCCAAGCGAGUGCUUAAAAACAAUACAGCAAUAAGUAUUAAAAACUUCCCUAAACAGGGCUGCCUUCAGAUGUAUUUUCAAGAUAAGAUAGCUGCUUAUUUCCUUCACAUCUGAAGGGAGGGCGUUCCACAGGGCGGGCGCCACCACCAAGAAGGCCCUCUGCCUGGUUCCCUGUAACCUCACUUCUUGCCAUUUGACUUCUGAGGCGCAUUCGAAAACGGACGCAAUUACUUCCGGGUUUUCGGCGUUUGUUCGAAUGUUCGACUUCCAAGAUGCUCGAAAACCGAGGUUCCACUGCGCACACACGUCCUGCUAUGCGAACCGUUGUUAGAUGAGCCUUCAGCUCCCCGCACCUGAAGGAUUUCUACCCUAAGGUAGAGAACGUACAAAUUGGUUCAGUACACAGAGAAAAUAUCUAGAAGUGUACCCAGAGAGAGAGCGUCUGUAAUGCACUGGGAUUUUAUCCCUAAGAAAUAACGUUUUUAGUACACGUCUUGUGUUUUCAUUUUGUAUUUCUGUGCUGUGAACCGCCCUGAGGGCUUUGGAUGAAUGGAUUUAAUAAAUAAUAACUCACAAGGAGCAAGUGAAGUUAAUUCUUUAUGAUAAAAACAAGAUCUGCUCAGGAGUACACAGCAACUUUUCUUCCGCGGGGCUUGCCUCUACGAGGCGGAGAUUCAAGGUCCUUCCACAGCUUCCCAAGUCCCGUCCUUUCCCGGGUUUUUGCCAAGCAACCAGAGACUGUGCUAUGUGCCUGCCUUUGCUCCUUCUACUUUUAUCUCUUGGGCUUUUUGCAGACCGACAUGCUCCUGGGGUGUUAAGCAGGUGGGUAAGCAGUGCAGGUGGCGCUGUGGGUUAAACCACAGAGCCUAGGACUUGCUGAUCAGAAGGUCAGCGGUUUGAAUCCCCACGACGGGGUGAGCUCCCGUUGCUCGGUCCCUGCUCCUGCCAACCUAGCAGUCCGAAAGCACCUCAAAGUGCAAGUAGAUAAAUAGGUACUGCUCUGGUGGGAAGGUAAACGGCAUUUCUGUGCGCUGCUCUGGUUCGCCAGAAGUGGCUUAGUCAUGCUGGCCACAUGACCCGGAAGCUGUACGCCGGCUCCCUCGGCCAGUAAAGUGAGAUGAGCGCCACAACCCCAGAGUCGGCCACGACUGGACCUAAUGGUCAGGGCUCCCUUUACCUUUACCUUAAGCUGCUCAGAAGCUGUCUUUAUGGGACUUAAGCCGAAUGCUUGGUAGUGUUUCCCAUUUCCCGAGGUAAAUUUCAGGAGGAGCCGACUCACGUUUUGCAUAACUAGAUGGUCAGUGGUUUUUGCCUUCGUGGCUGCUGUUUUCCUGUUCUAGUGGCAGUGAGUUUCACAGACGCAGUGAGGAUGUUAGCUGGUAAGUUACACCUGCAGUCUCGUAAGGCUGGUAAGCCUGAAGUUAGUUUUCUGUGGAGUUAAAAGCAGGCGUGUUUUCCUAUCCCUACUGGAUAGGAGAGGAACUCCCCUCCAUAGACGCAUCUCUUCGCACGGAAUCCCUCGCAGCCUUAGGGUUCCUGAAGGUCUCCAUGCCCCUUCCCCUCCCUCCCUCCCUCUUACCUAUUCUGCGGGGGGCUUCCCAGCUUCCCUGGGCCUCACCUCUCCUCGCUGGGUUUCCAGGACGCCGGCCUGAAGGAAGGCGACUACAUCGUCUCCAUCAACGGCAAGGACUGCAAGUGGUCCAAGCAUGCAGAGGUGGUGCAACUCCUGAAGGUGGCCGGGGACGAAGGAGCGGAUGUCGGCGUCAUCACCCUGCAGUACUCUGAAGGGCAGAGCGUGGUAAGCAGGGUGGGGGCUGGGAUGAGCAAAGGCCCAUUGGAGGGGGGUCAGGGCAGUCCUCCUAGUGGUGCAGCAAUAAAACUGCUGGGACAUUUGCAAAGCUAAGCAGGGUCUGGUCUGGUUUCGGAUUGGAUGGGGGACCUACGUGUUGAGAUUCCUGCAUUGCAGGGGGGGUUGGACUAGAUGACCCUCGGAGUCCGCUUCCCACUCUACAAUUCUCUUAGGAUUGCUCAGGGGACAGCAGGAGGCAUCACUUAGAUCAGUGGUACCCUAAUAAUAAUAAUAUUUUAUUAUUUAUACCCCGCCCAUCUGGCUGAGUUUCCCCAGCCACUCUGGGCGGCUUCCAACUGAAUAUUAAAAACAAUACAGCAUCAGACAUUAAAAUAUGCCCUAAAGAGGGCUGCCUUCAGUUGUCUUUUAAAAGUAAAAUAGUUGUUUAUUGCCUUGACAUCUGCUGGGAGGGUAUUCCACAGGGCAGGCGCCACCACCGAGAAGGCCCUCUGCCUGGUUCCCUGUAACCUCACUUCUCACAGUGAGGGAACCAGCAGAAGGCCCUCAGCACUGGACCUCAGUGUCCGGGCUGGAUGAUGGGGGUGGAGACACUCCUUCAGGUAUACAGGACCAAGGCCAUUUAGGGCUUUAAAGGUCAGCACCAACACUUUAUAUUUGUGCCUGGAAACGUACUGGGAGCCAAUGAAGAUCUCUCAGAACCGGUGUUAAAUGGUCUCGGCAGCUGCUCCCAGUGACCAGUCUAGCUGCCGCAUUCUGGAUUAGUUGCAGUUUCCGGGUCACCUUCAAAGGUAGCCCCACGUAGAGUGCAUUGCAGUAGUCUAAGCGGGAGAUAACUAGAGCAUGCACCACUCUGGCAAGACAGUCUUUGGGCAGGGAGCGUCUCAUCCUGCGUACCAGAUGGAGCUGGUAGACAGCUGCCCUGGGCAGGAGCGCCUCUGGGUGGGUGGCGGCAGCAGGAUUUACCUAGGGGGUGCUUGGAGGCAGGGGGGUGCUGGGGGGUGGGGAAUAAGCAACUAAAUAAUUGAAUAAAUAAAUGGCCAUUAGACUUUGAAAACCUGGCAUCACCUGGGGUCAAGCUCGUCAGUUUUGUUGAAUUAAUCAGACUAAACAGAUUUAAUCGGAUUUUUAAAAAAUAAAUGCACAGGUGGUUGUUACUCUACUGAAUUUUAUUCUGUUACUGUCUUCCUUAGUGGGUCGUGCAAUGAUGUGUUUUACAGGUUAGGGGGCACUGGGGGGGGAGGAGUUUAUGGAACGAAGGAGGCAGUGGCCCAGGAAAGUUCAGGAACCACUAAUUUCGGUAAUUUUGUUUGUACGCGGAAUUAUGCCCUCCCCCAAGUCUGAACAAUGAGUGCAUGAAGAACGUAGAAUCGUAGAGUCGGAAGGGACCCCAAGAGUCAUUUAGUCCAGCCCCACCACAAGGCAGGAAUUGUUGCAUGUCUUUUCCUGAAGCGAUUAGCGCUCUAUGGUUCCGUUCUGCUGGAAUUUGAUGAGAACGUUCAACAACAGUUAGAUGCCAGUAAGCUGGUGCUCUCCUUCCACUUCUCCUUCACCCAAACCCCGUCUUUUUUCUCCCUCCGAAAGGUGGACAAGAAGUCUUCAGCAAUGGGUCCUGGCGUUGCUGGAGGUGGCAGUAGCAGCGGCCUCCUGAAAAGCAACAAGGAGAACUGCCGGAAGACCGUGAUGCAGAGCAAAGGCGCCAGCUCCCUCCUGGCGUGGGGCAAACGCAGCAAGCGAAGCAAAAGCAGCAGCAGCAGUUACAGCCUCCCUUUCUCUGCCAUGGGGGACAAUGAGCUGGCCUGCUGAGCGGCUCCCACUUCCUGCCCCUGCGCCGUCACUCCCCGGGCGGGAGAAUGAGGCGCCGGGUUCCCGGCCGAGGAUGCCCACCCCACUGGCGUUUUUGGAGCGUGCAAGGCGGCAGCGGAGUCAAGGAUUCUGCUGAGGCUGGCUUCUGAAAAGCAGGGAAUUCGAACUCGGAGCUAGGAGGGGCUCAGCGUCGCUCCAAAGGCCAGGUGGCAGGGUGAGGGCUGCUGCCCGCAAGCCCCAUUUUCCUGGGGGCAUCCGGCCGGAGGCAAGAGGAUGGAGCCGCCAAGCAGAGCUCUUUCAAAUGACGCACCUUCUAAACAGCCUCCAAUGCCAGUAAGUUCAGAGGGACCCAAGAUGCCUGUUUGCAGCGUUCUAGUUUCCUCCUGCCCAAGGCAUUGCUGGAGUCAUAGCAGUGGGCAAGUGGCCGUUUUGGAGUUGCGCCGUAUAAGAGGUGCAUUUGUGUCCGGUCCUUGGAAAACAGUGUCCCGGCUCUGCGUGGCCUGGCAUUGCAAACCUCUCUGCGUUCAGGACAAUGCAGUUUUCAACUCACUGCUAGGAAGACCAUGAACAGAUCUAGGAGAUGAGUCAUAGGAACAAAAUGGCUGGUUUUUAGUCCCACCUGUAGCAAAAUGACUCAGUUUAGUUCCACCUGUAGGGAAGCAGCGUAAGGGAGGCAAAUAAGCAAAUAUCAAACCAUUUUUGAAAGCGAAACAUGGAUCACGAGCCAAUCGCAAAGGAGAACCGAAACCGUGGUUUGAACUGGCUUUGUAAACUCUGGUUUGUGCUUUGAUUUGGUGCACAUCCUGGUAGGCAUUCCUCUGCAGGAGCCUUUGGGCUCACCCAUCUUUCCGGGCUCGUGAACACAACAUAGAGGCGAACGGUGCAAUCCUGUACAUGUUUACUUGGAGGCAUGUUAAUAAUGGCACUUGCUCCCUGAGAAGCAUGUUGAGAUCCACAGCCUGAGGGACGCAGUCCCUGGUUCAAAUUCUGCAGCCACCAGCUGCUUACCUCGAUGGCCUUAGGCAAGUCUUUCUCUUGCCCCCGGAUCCCACCCACAACUUGGAGAGUCAUACUUGACCUGCCUUAGAGGGUCACUCAUAAGGAUUAUCACAGGUUUUAAUACAUGUCAGGCGUUUUGGAAAUAGUUUUUGCCCGGUGACGCAAAUCUCCCAUCUGCCCGGGGAAGUUGAGGUUUGGUGCUCUGUAAGCCACUGUGUAAGCUGACUGGGACGCAGGUGGCGCUGUGGGUUAAACCACAGAGCCUAGGACUUGCCAACCAGAAGGUCGGCGGUUUGAAUCCCCGCGACGGGGUGAGCUCCCGUUGCUCGGUCCCUGCUCCCGCGAACCUAGCAGUCCGAAAGCAUGCAGCGCAAGUAGAUAAAUAGGUACCGCUCCGGCAGGAAGGUAAAUGGCGUUUCCUUGCACUGCUCUGGUUCGCCAGAAGCGGCUUAGUCGUGCUGGCUACAUGACCCGGAAGCUGUACGCCGAUUCCCUCGGCCAGUAAAGCGAGAUCAGCGUCGCAACCCCAGAGUCUGCCACGACUGGACCUAAUGGUCAGGGGUCCCCUUUACCUUUAAGCCACUGUUGCCCAGUGGUUUCUGAAAGCACUUCGGCAUAUUCCAGCAGCCACUGGGAUUGGGGCACAAGCAGGUUUUCUCCUUUCCUGCUUCUGUACUCCUUCUGCAGUUUGCAAAUUGCUCUUGUGGCAUGCAGCAAUCUUUGUCCCACACUGCAGGCGAUGGUGAUGUCGGUGACAAAGCGAGGCAAGUCUACUACGCAGCUUCCAUCAAUAAAUUUGGGGUGGGCUCCCCCUUUUGCCUGGGGUGCCUCCUGCUGUUAGCAGGGAGCAGAGGUUCCCAAUUUGGAGAGGGCCACCGCCACCUUGGUUCUAUAAAGGCACCCUGAGUGCGCCCUACCUUACAAAAAGCAUUAUUCAGAAUAACAGUUUGCACCAAGGAAGGUAAUAACACAAUAAUAAAACUCAAAACGGUAUGGAUGAAUCAAAAUCCAAUCAAAACUAUUUAGUUUGAUUGGUUCAAGAAGAUUGGUGGACUUGAGGUGGUGGUGCCACUUUUCCAAAGUUUGAAAGCUGUUUACACCUCCAGUGCUGCCUCGCUCGCCCCUUAGUGCCCCCUAGGGAAUGCCCCUUUCCAGGGCACCAUUACCACACCUGUCAGGGUGUGUGUGUCCUUUUAAAAACAAACGAAAAACACCAACCUGCACCCAAAUCUGGUGGAAGGAAAUAAUUAAGCUGGAAAGAAAAGCAGCUCUUCUGCCAGUAGCCCUGGUACCAGCCUGUUUCGUCCAGUGCACAGCAACAGGCAAGUAGGCAGAGAGUGUUGUGCCCAGCUUCCGCCUGAGGGCUUUCCAUGGGUAUCUCAUUGGCCACGGCAAGAGCAAGAUGUGGGACGAGAGAGGCUCUUUUUCUCUGAAGUUUGCAAGCGCAAAAUAUUCCGGUGGUCGAUUCUAUUUUCAUUUGCAGUGAUGGGAAGCUAGGGUGCUCAUCUCACCCAAAUGAACUGGGCGUUUGCAGUUGAUAGGAAUAAGAAUCUCUGGCCAAAUGACUCGCCCAUCUGCAAUUGACAAAAUAUUUGGAGAACUCUCGCUGUUCCUAGUAGGCUUGCCCACUCUCUCCUGUUGCACUUUUGGGAAGGGGAGGAGGAGAACCUGCACGUUUUGUGUGCUUGCCUCCUCUGCGAUUAUUGCUGGCAAGAGACAUGCAUGUGGAUUCGAAUUCGAUCCCCAGCAUCACUAGGUAAAAGGGUCUUGAGUAGCAGGUGAUGGCUGAAGAGCUGUGACCUUGGAGAGCCACUGCCAAUCAGAGUCGUCACUCCUGGACCGGAGGAACAAAUAAGCCAAAUAAGAGAGACUCCCUGUCUGAAAACCUGGAGAGCUGUUGCCAGUCAGUGUAGACAAUGCUGAGUUAGAUGACUCAGGUUAGGGCAGUAUCCUGGUAGGAGAUUUAAGGCUAAGGCUCUCCAAAGUGCUCUGCUCCCGUUUUCAAGGGCAGUCAGUGCUCGAAACCUUCCCAAUCCUAUUUCGCUGCAAAUGCAAGGAAUUGAACUGAGAAAGAUCGGGAGGGCAUAGUGGUUUGUUCUCCAAAUCAGAGGUUGCUUUGGGCCCAUAAAACAGACCCUCAGUUAGGGCUCCCCUGCUGCCACCAGGCAGGCCCACCCCACCCCCAACAUCUGUCCCACAGCGUUUCACAGAGAGCAGUUCCCCCCCCCCCCAAAAAAACCACGUGAUAUUUCCAGCUGACCAAACGGCUGCAGGCAGCUCAAGUAAGGAAGCCCAGAUGCCACAGUGGGCAAGAUACACGGGUAUCGACCAUCACAUUUGGGUUUGUUUUGUCCCGUUUUCCUGUUGGUUCCCUUUAUCUGCCGUUUUGGAGACCAAAAUCUGCAGCCGCUGUCAUUUUCAGUAUCUGUAGAAGCUGCAGGGGGGGGGGUCGGGUCGGUUGUUUUGUUAGCUGGUCAAAUGUGGAAAUAAUUUAUAGCUUGAUCUAAUAAACCAAAUCUUUUUUUUUUAAAAAAAAGGCAGAUAUUUUCCACAUUAGCUCCUGGUUUAGAAACACACACACCCUCUGCAAUGCAGCAAUUUGUUUUUUUGGGGGGUAGGUGGAAAUACUGAUCAUUGUUCUUUUAAUUCUUUUGCAAGGAUUUUAUCCUGGAGCAUUUUCCAGAACAGAUGGGAUCACCCAUUUUUGUGGCCACCAAGGGAGUUUACAGAUGGAAGGGUAGGUAAGGUUUAAGCCUUUCAGAGCAUGGAAAUGAAGGGUCCAAUUUGCUAACUGCAAAUUGAAACCUUGGCAGCCCGACACAUUAAGCUGCAAAGCCCCAUUGCUUUAAAUCACCCUUGGUCCACCUCAUACCCACCAGAUGUUUUGAACUUGAACUCCAGUCAGCCUUUGCUGACUGGGACUGGGGGGAGUUGUAGCGCAAAACAUCUGGAAAGUGGCAGAGGCCACUUUAAGUAGCUCUUGUGUAUCGCUGUGGCUCUUCUGUAGCAGAAAUUCCUGGUUGUUGUCCAUUUAAAGAACAGGAGUGCUGCUUUUUUUCUCCGUGAAUGUUUUCCUUUUCUCAUGAUUGGGACUCCUGAACCCGCGAGAAAUAAUUUAAUUUGAGCCGAAGUGUUGAGUAGCAACAUAGGGCUCGAUUUGUGUUUUCGCUGCGGCUUCCUGGCUCCUGGCGAUUCUUAUGUUUUCUUAAUGUGGAUUCUUGAGUUUCUGAUGCAAGAAAGAGAGAGAAAACACCGCAGAUAUGAAGAAUUGUGUAAACUUGGAUUGGAAAUGUGGGAAGGGGUGUACUUUCAACUAAAGAGGGGCUUAGACAUCCGUUUCCCUGCCCACCUUUAACAUUGACAGUGUUAAUAUGAGCAUGGGCUCAACCCCACGACCUACUUUGUAUCCGAUUUCAGCCUUGGAAAAUGUGACGAUAGCAAUAAAAAGAGUGCCUCUGA